UUUGAUGGGGAGAACAUGUACAUGGGAAUGAACGACAACGCCCAGGAGUUUCUAUCAGCAAAUCAGACGUAUAACAGUCAGAGUGAGAAUAACGAAGACUAUGAGAUCCCUCCCAUAACUCCUCCCAACCUCCCUGACCCUUCCCUCCUGCACUUGGUGGACCACGAAACUGGAUAUCACUCCCUGUGCCACAGCCUCCCUCCAAACAGCCUGAUCCCAGCGUACCCCUACCAGAACAUGGACCUGCCAGCCAUCAUGGUCUCCAACAUGUUGAGUCAGGAUGGGCAUCUCCUCUCCAGCCAGCUACCCACGAUCCAGGAGAUGGUCCACUCAGACACCACGUCCUACGAGUCCAGCCGCCAGGUGCCCCUGCUCAGCCGCCCCGGGAUGCUGGGCAGCCCCAUGGGCACCCUCAGCCAGUCCCAGCUCAUUUCCCAGAUGGGGAUGAGGAGCAGUGUCACCCACGGGUCCCCAUCGCCCCCGGGGAGUAAGUCUGCAACACCAUCUCCCUCCAGCUCUACUCAGGAAGAGGAGACAGAGUCACACUAUAAGGUCACUGGAGAGAAAAGACCCUCAACAGACCUGGGCAAAAAGCCCAAAAGCCAAAAGAAGAAGAAAAAGAAGGACCCCAAUGAGCCCCAGAAGCCCGUGUCAGCCUACGCCCUGUUCUUCAGGGACACUCAAGCAGCCAUCAAAGGGCAGAACCCCAAUGCCACCUUUGGGGACGUCUCCAAAAUCGUUGCAUCCAUGUGGGACAGUUUGGGAGAAGAACAAAAACAAGCCUACAAGAGGAAAACAGAAGCUGCCAAGAAGGAGUACCUGAAGGCCCUGGCAGCGUACCGGGCCAGCCUCGUCUCCAAGAGCUCUGCCGACCAGGGGGAGACGAAAAACGCCCAGAGCAAUCCACCUUCCAAAAUGAUCCCCCCCAAGCAGCCCAUGUACCCAAUGCCACCACAGGCUUCUUCCCCCUACCCCGGCCUGGGCUCCUUCCUGUCCCCAUCAGACCUGCAGAACUACCGUGGCCACCCCAGCCUGUCCCGGACCCUCCCCUCCAAACCCAUGCUGCCCAGCAUCAGUGCCUCCCCACCCCCUUCCUUCCAGAUCAGCCCUCCCCUCCACCAGCAGCUCUCCUUGCACCACCCGCAGAGCUCCCUCCUCAGCCAGCCCCUCAGCAUGCAGCAGGUCCCCCAGCAGCCCCUCCUGUCCCCCCCCAUGGCACUACAGGUACAGCCCCCCAUGAACGCCUCGCCUCCUGGGCAGCAGGACUUCUCACAUAUUUCGUCUGAGUUUCAGAACAGCGUUGGGCCCCGUUCACCUGGUGCAUCAAACCCUCCAGGAAGCACUGAGUGGGACGACUACCCCAGCAGAGAGUGUGGGAUUAACCACUGCAGCAUGCUGCCAAGGGACAAGGCACUCUACCUCACCUAG